AUGCCACGCAUCAGCCUAGUCGCCCUAUCCACCCUCGUCCUCCCCCUAUCCCUAGGCCUAGGCUGGAUCUCUACACCUUACCAACAACAACAACCACAAACCCACCAAAAAUGCACCAACGGCCUCCUCUUCAACGGCACCCACUGCAAGCGCUGGACGCACCUACACUGCCAGGCCCCAGAACUCCACGGCAACGAGUGCCUCUUCCGCAUCCCCGUCUGCCCGCCCCCGCUGCAGUCGAACGGCACACACUGCGAGUUCGUUAUGGAGCCCGACCCGGCUGCAUCUGGUGUGUCCGGACAGGGGGACGGAGCGUAUCCGAACCCGCAGGCGCAGGUGCGGAUGCUUGCAGGUGGAUAUCCACCAGCUUACGCAGGUGCAGAUAAAGGUGCUGCGCCCGCUGGAUUUGGAUUCCCGGGCCAGGUUGAAGGCAGCCAGAACGUGAAGCCCCCGCCGGUUUCUGCGGCAACCAAGAACAAGAUCUACAAUGCCAAUGUCGACUACGACGGCGUUUGUCCCCCGGGCGCGAGGUACGAAGGUGGGCAGUGCAUCGCCAUCGCCAUCGAGAAUCCCUGCCCGCCUGGGACAUCCUUCGACGGGACAUAUUGCCGCGCCUCGACCGUAGGUUCUGGUGGCUGGGCGAGCCCUAUCAACAGCUACAGCUACAGCAACAGCAACAUUAAUAUCAAUGCUGGAUCAGGACCGGGGCCCGGAUACGCGAGGUCCGGACAGAAACAUCGACAGAACGCGGUCUGCCCGCCCGGAACCAAGUUCGAAGCCGAGAGCGGGGUGUGCGUUCACUCUCCCACUUCCCCAGCGGAUCUGUGUCCGCGCGGCACAACGUUCGACGGGCGGUAUUGCGUUGCGCGCUAG